GGUGUUGACGCGCAGGAGGCGUGGAGCUCGCAUGUUAAUAGCUUUCUGCAAAGGUCUUCAGAGGCCAUAAAGAGCUCGCUUUACCUGCCCUGGGCUCAGGUCGAUUUCGCCAGACGUUUUUCUCGCUUCGGGUCCCGGCAAACUUGCGCGCCGGAAGAUCGCUGUGAUUGGUCGCAGAGGAAAGGGAAAGAAAAAAAAACCCAAAACGAGCAACUCUCUCUCUCUUUCUCUCUCUCUCUAUCUCAGCCCACCCACUCAUUACAAGGACUCUCGCAGGGCUCCGCUUCCGUUCUUGCAUUGAGUCUGGGACCUGGCCCCGCGGCGGAACGGCACACGCACAAACACACACGGCGCGCACCAUGGCAGCUACGCACGGCGAGUACCGAGCCUACCUGCGGAACUCCGUCGACAUCGAGGCGGGCCAGCACCGCUUCCACCCGGUGCACACCUCGGAGGGCACGUACCGGCCCCUGCUGUUCGGGACCCUGGCUGUUAUGGGAUUGCUCCAGGUGGCCUCCAGCGUGGCGAUCCUGCUGCACCUGACAGGUUAUCUGCAGGAGGUAGACUUGUCGAGGGCCCCGCAUCGGCCAAUAGAGGAGGUACAGACUCAGCCAGUGUUAAAUGCACUGAAAGACCCUAAGAAGGGCAAGAAGUCUCUGCCGUCAGCCCACCUACCGAUCAAAGCCAACCAGACCUUCUCCAAGAAGCUCGAUCCCAGCAACAUCGAGUGGGACGAGAUACACGGAAAUCUCCACAAAAUGCGCUACCAGAGGGGGAAGCUGGUCGCGAUGGAGUCGGGCUUCUACUACGUGUACGCUCAGACCUGCUUCCGCUACUACAAGGUCCCGGGAUCCGGAUCCGGGUCCGGCAGUCACACUGCGGUGGGCCUGAGCAACACCCAGCUCAUCCAGUACGUCUACCACGAGAGCAUCAAACAGAACAGCCACUUCUCCUUGCUGAUGAAGACGGGCAGCACCAUGCGCUGGAACGACACCAGCUACAACAUGUACUGCGCCCAGCAGGGCCGGGGGCUCCGCCUCUUCCAGGGCGACGGCCUGUUCGUCAAAGUGUCCAACGCCCGGAUGCUGGACCCGGAGGCAGAAGGGACGUACUUUGGGGCCAUAAAGUUGAGUAACUGAAACGUUAACACAUGCGGAGAGGACAUGCUACUGAACUUUUUUUUUUUUUUUGCCAAAGAACCACUGUUAGUGAUAUAUUAUUUUGAUUUGUCAAAGAAAAGUUUUUUUUUUUUUCCACGAAGUUUUUUUUUUUUUUUUUUUCCAUGUGUGAUUCACAUUGGUCCUCAUCAAAUAACAUCUUUGUCUUGUAUGAGAAAACUUAUGGAAAAGGUAACCACUUUUUUGAAAACACAUCUCCACUUUCCCACACGGCUCUCGACUUCAUCCAAAAUAGCACUGGAUUUAUUUGGCCCUUUUUUUUUUUUUUUAAAGCGUUGUGGUUUCGCGUUGGACGUUUCAAUACAUCACGAUUCAGAUUACACCGUUAGAACAAGAAUUGACAUGUGUUUAUGUGCUAAUUAAACAAACCCCUCUGCAGCAACUAAGGAAGUGAGCUUACUGGCAAGAGGAUCAGCAAGAAAAGGUUUUUAUCAGCGCUCGUUGGGGAAAAAAAAGUCCAGAAAAGAGCGCUGUAAUUGAUAGAACAUCUGCUUGUACUUAGUGGCUUAUCAAAGGGGGAAAAAAUAACAAGACUCGUGGAGCUUAGUCUGAUGCACAGCAGUGAAAACAUAAAUGUAAUCCUGGACGCUUUGUGUGCGCAAGGUGGGAAAUGAGGCAUCCGCACUAUAAGUAACUCAGCAGUUUAAGCUGAGGAAGCAGUUAGAGUGUGAUUUCUUUAUUUCACAAUCACAAUAGCAAAGCGAUCGUAUAAGACUCACUUUGACUCUGACAUUGUUUUAAAACAACAAAACCAGUGUACUCCGGGGACCUAUUUUCUGUCCUAAACGGCCGCCGAAGGCAUUUACUCGACCAUGUCAUUCAAACGUAGGAAGAAAUGACAUCUGUUUGUUUUGUUUGUGAGGAUUAGCAAGCGACGCAGAUAGCUGGACUGUCUGACCGUAGAUGACAUCGAUAUACUCUUGUCUUAAACUAGAGGAACCAAAUUGAGUUUGGUUAGUCUUUAACUUAAAUUCUGUUUUUCAUUUGGCUCUUUAGGGAGGUAAAUGGGAAUAUGCACUAAAUAUUUAUUUAUUAGAUAUAGAAGUACAGAGACAGGUCAUUGUUAAAUUGACCUAUCGGCUGUUUAAAUCAUCUAUAUUUUAUGUCUGUAUGACAUUUAUUUUUCAGCACUUAGAGGAAAUAGUAGACACGCUUUUUGUAAUUAAAACACAGGGGCUUCAUUUCAAAUUUUAUAUUUAUGCAUCUUCAUUUUGACAAUUCUGUGUGUACUUGCCUACCCAAGAGCAAUAUGGAUAUAUUGUCCCCUCUACAAGAUUGUAGCAUACCUGUAAAAGCUUUUUUAAAUGUUUUUUCCAUUCAGUUUUCUUACUAUUUAUGGUUGUGUAUGUUUUAAUAAAGAAGUACUUUUGUAACAGUGUUCCAUUUGUAUUAAAAUUACCAGAUCC